UUUUUGUUUUUUUUUUUUUUCUAUUUAUUUUUAUUAAUUAAAUUCUAAAUUUAUAUAAACAAACAUUACGUUUUAUAUUUCAAUGAUACAAUUAAAAUAAUUUGUUUGAAAAAAAAAAGAAAUAAAAAAAAUACAAGUGGGGGUGGAAGGUAGAAAAUUUACAAGAUGAAAAAAAAAAAAACCAUUUAAACAUACAAGUGUAUAAAUAGUUAAUGAAAAAAUUUAAUUAUAAUUAAAAUUUAAAAAUAUAAAAAUGAAAAAUUUAAAAUCAGUGACUCAGACAUGAAGAGCAUAAUCCACCGGUAUUAAUUUUGAUGACUUCAAUUGACUCGUGCGUGAAUUUCCACCAAUUAUCCAUAGAAAUUCAACGAAAACAACCCCUAAAUAUAAAAUGAUAAAUAACGCGUUAAUAUCAGCAACAAAAACAUAUCAAAUAUCAAUAUUUUUUAAUAAAAAAAUAAUAUAUAAAUAUCAAUAAAUAUUAAUUAAAAAUAUAUAUAUUAAUUAACUGUUUUUUUGUGCAUCAAAAAUUCAUUUUAGAAAAUAUCUAAAUAUUGACUUAUACUAAUUUUCAAGACCAUUUUAAAUAUUAAAAUUUCUAUCAUGAUUAUUUACAUUUAUUAUUUAUUAGAAAAAAAAUAACAACAAAUAUAUUAUUAAACAACAUAUGUGUGUGUGUAUUUAUAUAUGUGUGUGUAAAUUUUCCAAUAUCUGUCCUGCGCUUUUAUGCCUCCCCUUUUGCUGCUAAAACGCUAUCGCUACUGUGUUUGUGAUAAAAGAGAAAUAGACUAAAAAAUAAUUAUUAUUAUUUAAUAUUUUAUUAUUUAUAUGUUUAUAAAAAUAAUAACAAUAUUAUAUGUUUUUUUUCUAGUUAUUUAAAUAUAGAUGUAAUUUUUUUAUUUUUAAAAGUUUUCUAAAUUAUUGUUGUUGUAUUUAUAUAUAUAUGAGUGAUAUGGAGACGUUUUGUGAUGAAGAAAAUCAAGAUUUUUAUGGAAAAAGAAGAUUUGUGAUGUCAAGAAAAAUUUUUGUGACAGCAUGACACCAGGAAUUUUUUGGAAUACCACCUUACUUUGCCCUUUAAUAUGGCGGGACAGCAGCGAGCAUGCAAUGCAAAAUUAACAGUGGGAUACUCGCGUUGUCCCGUCAAUGCAACAUGCAUCAAAGUGCAUUAUCAACAACAUCAAAAAAAACAACAACAACCACCACCACAAAAAAUAUAGAAACCAUUGUGUUUCUACCAUUUCAUCCUCAUUGUCUAGCUCUGCCAUGUCCAAUAACAGAAUUGCCCCUCAAUUGAAUUCAAUGAUAUUAAAGAGAUACAAUAGCAUCGUGGGAUGUAGUUGACGUUGCUCAAUCCCCCGUUUGUGUGUGUGUGUGGAAACGCUGAUUGAGUGUUGGUGGUGUUGGUUGUGGUGGUGGUGGUGGUGGUGAUGGUGGUGAUGAUGACGGCGGUGGGUGGGAUUGGGUGGUAGAUAAAAAAUUGGAUGUAAGAGAAAAAUUAAAAAAACACAAAAAACAAAAUUUUUUUAAAUUAAAAAAAAAAAUAAAAUAAUAAUAGAAACCUGAUAAUAAAGAAAAAUUAAAAGAAGAAUAAGAAAAUUUAUGAAAAAUAAAUAAACCAGAAGAAUAAAAAUUAAUAAUAUAAUAUUUAAAAAAAAAAAAAAAAGCUCAGUUUGUGUUGGAUAAGUGACGAAAUGAACGCAACUAAUGCUACAAGUACAGAUAUUUGUAAUGGUGCAGAUGCAAAUGCAGCAGCUGAAUAUGAAAUAUGGGAAAAAAUAUUAAUAAGUUUAUUUGCAAUUGGUUUAAGUCUUGUAACUGUUAUUGGUAAUUCAAUGGUUAUGAUUGCAAUUAGAAUUGAUAAACAAUUACGUACAAUAUCAAAUUAUUUUCUAUUCAGUCUUGCUGUUGCUGAUUUUGCAAUUGGUUUAAUAUCAAUGCCAUUAUUUACUGUUUAUACUGUACUUGGUUAUUGGCCAUUUGGUGCUGUUAUAUGUGAUACAUGGCUUGCAUUGGAUUAUUUAGCAAGUAAUGCAUCUGUACUUAAUUUACUUAUUAUUAGUUUUGAUAGAUUUUUUUCAGUAACAAGACCAUUAACAUACCGUGCCAAAAGAACCAAACAAAAAGCCAGCAUGGCUAUUGCAUUAGCAUGGACCUUUUCAAUAUUAUUAUGGCCACCAUGGAUUUAUGCAUGGCCAUAUAUUGAAGGACAAAGAACAGUACCAUCAGAUGAAUGUUAUAUACAAUUUAUUGAGACAAAUCAUUACAUUACAUUUGGUACAGCAAUUGCUGCAUUUUAUAUACCAGUUACAAUAAUGAUGUUACUUUAUUGGCGUAUAUGGAGAGAAACAGAAAAACGUAUCAAAGAUUUAUCACAUUUACAAGAGGGUAAACAAGAUGCAAGUAAAAGAAGUAAUUCAAGUGAUGAAGCAUUGGAUAUGAAUGAAAGAAGAGGUAGAAGUGAAUCAAGUACUGGUGUUAAUGAUACUAAUUUUCCACAAUCAUAUUUAGAAAAACGUUUUCCAGAUUAUCACAAUCAUAAACCAUUGUCUUGGACGGGUUUAAAAAUGUGGUGUAUUGCGUGGUGGCAUAGUGGUCGUGAAGACGAUGAUGAUGAUGAUGAAACUGGUGGUCCCGAAGUAAGUAGAACUGUUUAUCCAGGAUACGAUGAAACUUUAACACCAGUAUCAGCUGAUACACCAUUUACAAGUGAUAUACCAUCAGAAUGUAGUAGAAGUCAAAAAAUAACUGGUGAUCCGGUUUAUACAAUUGUUAUAAGAUUACCACCAAGUGAAGCACCAAGUAUUAAAAUGUAUGAUGAUGUUGUAUCAAUACAAGAUGUACAAAAUAAUGGUGUAACACGUGGUGUUAAUGACAUCGAUGAUAAUAAUUAUAACAAAAUAAUAUCACGACGUAUGGGUUCAGUAUCAAGUACAACAACAACAACAAUAAUACGUAGACCAUCAGCAAUACAAGAUAUGAAAUUACCAUUAAAUAAUAAAAAUAUACAAAAACCAACAACAUCUGGUGUUAUUAAAAUUAUUAAAAAUCCAGUUAAAAAAAAAAAACGUACACAAGAUAAAAAAGCAGCUAAAAUAUUAUCAGCAAUAUUAUCAGCAUUUGUUAUAACAUGGACACCAUAUAAUAUACUUGUUUUAUUAAAACCAUUAACAAGAGCAUGUGUUGUACAAAUACCACAAGAAUUAUGGUCAUUUUUUUAUUAUUUAUGUUAUAUUAAUAGCACUAUUAAUCCAGUAUGUUAUGCAUUGUGUAAUGCUAAUUUUAGAAGAACUUAUAUAAGAAUUCUCAAAUGCAAAUGGCACAGAAAUAUAUCAAGAGAAAAUUAUUGUCCUCAACCAAAAAGAAAAGAAGAAAAAUGGUGAUUCAACUGGCUGCUAUUUUGUGGAGAAAAAAUCAUGUUAAAAAAUUAUUUAUUAAUAUAUUAUUUUUUUUUUUUAAAUAAUAUUUAACUGGUGAUGAAUUAUUUUUUUAUUUUCAAAUAAACAUUGAUUUUAUUUAUAUUAAAGAAGAAAAAAAAAAUUUAAUUAUUGCUGAAAAAUAAUUGAUGAUAAUAUUGAAUUAUAAAUUGAGCUAUAGAAAAAUAAAUAUAUAUGUAAUAUAAAUAAAUAAAAGAGACGAAAAUCACACAAAGACGCUACUUUGCAAAAAAGCCAAAUGAAAAAAAAAAAAAAAGUUAGUUAGGCUAAUUUAGAAAAGAAAGUGUGAAAAUUAAUUAAAAAAAAUGAAUUAAAAUACAGAGCAUGAGUAAAAAUAAUAACUAAUAUAAUAAAUAAAUAAAUAUAUAUAUAUAAUGUUUAAGAAAAGCAAAGAAAACAUAUAAAAAUAAAAAAAAACUCAAGUCGCAACGACAUUUAAUUGUAUAUUAAAUAAUAAUUAAUAAGCCCGUAGUGAAUGAUGUAAAACUGUAAAUGAAUGUUUUAAAUGUAAAACGUGAUGAAGAAAAAAGUUUGGAGUAUCAAUUUACACUAGAAACAUAAUAAAUUUAAAUAAAAAAAUUAUAAGUGGUAUACAUAUAUAGAUAUAUAUUGAAUAUUUAAUUAACAAAUGAAAAAACAACUAAAUUAUAUAUAUAAAUAAAUUACGAAAAAUAAAAACCGGAGUAGCUCAGUAGUUGAAAAGAGAUAAUCGACGAAUAAAAAAAAAAAAAAUAUAAAUAUAAAAGUUAUGGAUGUUAGAAAUCGAAUUUAU